AUGGACAAGAUCGUGACUCCAGUCUCUCGCCUUAUCUCAGCGACCCGCGAUUCGCCGAUCGCAACUGCAGACUCAAGACCAUCAGAUACCCCACGUAUCCGCAAGAAAAGGACUCCGGCUAAGUGUGACGGCAAAAGGCCGUGCUCACGAUGUUGCUACUUGAAAAAGACUUGUGCCUUUAUUGAUCCUCCGAAAGAGGCCCAUCAGCUCCGGAUAGAGGAGCUUGAGCAGGAGGUAGCAGCCCUAAAGGAUCAGCUCCGAGAAUUGCCAAUAGCUCAGAUUGGCUCCCAUCUUGAGACUCAUCAUGCAGAUAUCGGAGCAGCCUUGCAUAACAGCCAAUCGGGUGUUUGUGCGCCAGCUCUACAUGAUUUGGAGCAUCCGGCAACGCCCCAUGAUACUGUCCAACUAGCACAACCAUGUUCCACGCCGAGAACUACAAUAGAUCAUAUCCACUCCAAUGGACCAACGUCGUUCAUCCGUCUAUCAAACACACUGUCUCCUACGGAUAGUGCGUUGUCCAAUAAGCACGGAAAAUCACAUUUCGAAAUUGGGACUAUUACGUUGCCCGAUUGCGUUGAUGCUGGCCUACUUAGCCUUGAGCAGGCCAAUCAGUAUUUCGCCGUCUUUUUUCAAGGAUGCAAUCAUUAUGUCCCAAUCUUCGACCCUAAACAUGACUCGUUUCACAGCAUUCGCGAAAGAAGCAGUCUGCUUUUCAGCGCCAUAUGCACAGUGGGCUGCCGCGUCGUAACGGGGACCGACACUCAACAAUGGCAUAUGCUGGAUUUCCAUGUCAAGAGAAUGCUAAACUAUGCUUUGGCGAGGCCUGAUAUGGCCUCGCUGGAGACGAUUCAAGCAUUUUUGGUCCGCUCUUGUUAUGCUUCUGAGCGAUCUCUACUCGUCGCAGCUGCAACCCGCAUGGCACUUGAUUUGAACUUUCCUGAUUCAUACGAUGCCAUGAUCAAUCGAUCUGUAGUACCAGCAACGCGAGGAAACACUUUGGCAAGUGUCGAUGAAGAGACACUCGUUCUAAUGCGAAAAGUGAGGACGUGGCUUCAUCUCUUUGUCUUGGGGCACAUUUUACAUGUCGAUGCCUCGGACCUACCAACGUUUAAAUUCGUGGGAGAUUCUCGGAGGUCUCGAAUCAUUUUAAAAAACCCUGCUGCGACUGAACUCGACUUGUUUUUAUUCUCUCAAGUCGAGCUGAAUGUCAUUCGUGGAAGAAUCUACGACUCAUUAGCUAAUCACAUGGAUUUUGACGAUGAAACUAUGAUGGACGCAGUCCGUGAGGCUAAAAUCGACAUUUCCAUCUGGUUUGACGAUUGGGCGCACAUCUUUGACAAGCACAAAGUACAAUCGCCGUGGCUCAGCACCAACCUUCGAGUUCAAAAAUGCUGGGCUGAAAAUAUGGCGCUUUGCCGCGUCGUGCGAGCGUCUGGAGUUGAAAAUGUCGAUUUUAUGUCUCCCGCUCAAAGAUCGGUCGUUGCCAUGGCAAAGGACGCGCUAGAAGAGCAUCUAGACAUCAUGAUUGAGGAAACGAGGUUAUAUAUACGUAAUCUCCAAUUCGCGAUGGACUUUGUCUGGGCAAAAUGCGCUUUUUGCUAUCUACUUCUUCUCAAGCUUUCUAUCCUUCUACCUGAGAGUAAAGGGCGCUCUAGCAGAGAGCUGGUGGCACACGGGAAUAUCCUUCUUACUGAACUUAGCGAAGCCAGCGGUGGUGGCCAUAACGGGAGUCGAAGUAAUACCGGAAAGCAAUAUCUACAGCUCCUCCAAAGCGGCAUUGAAAAAUUUAGCAGCGUGACUUACGAGACUCAGGAUGUGGCCUUGGGUGCCACAAAUGACGAAGGCUAUUCAUCUCGACGAACGCCGGGUUUCGGUAUACAAAAUCGCGUGGAAUUGGAUUCAUUUAUACCCGAACAGUUCAUAUUUGAGUGGGACUUCCCUGGCCUCACCUUAUUUUCCUCGUCGGCCACCGGUGUUGCCUGGCUUGACGAUAUUCUCGUUGAAGCGCUUAAUGGAGGGGAAGACAUUUUCGGAUGGCUGCCGGCAGAUGUUGAGGGAUGA